AUGCUGCGGCAGCCGACGUGGGCUGUGAUUGGGGACGUGCUCCAUCCCAGGAAACCAGCACGUGCGGUUGCUGAGCGCCUGGAAGCCCUUGGCAAGACCGUCGUGCGAGUCAAUCCUCGCGUAAAGCCGGGCACCGACCCGCACGGAGUCAUCUUUCGAAGCCUCCGCGACGCGGCAGCGAAGAGCGACAUCGAUGUCGUCGACCUAAUCAUCAACCCGCGGGAUGGGCUCGUGCAAAUGGAGCACGCGGCCGCCCUCGGCAUCAAAUCUGCGUUUGUGCAGCCGGGCGCCGGCUCGGACGAGAUCCUCGCCCUGUGUGAGCGGGAGGGCAUCGCGGUGCAUGAGGGGUGCGUGCUGCGAGAGACAUGA